AUGCCCCAGAAUAUUCAAGCCAUGCAAAAUAUGCAGAACAUGCAGGGUCGACAGCCCGCUAUGGGUGGGAUGAACCCUGGCAUGAUGCAGAACAUGCAGAACAUGCAGAACAUGCAGAUGCAGGGGAUGCAGAAUAUGCAAGGUAUGCAGGGGAUGCCGAUGCAAGGGAUGGGGAUGGGGAACCCGAUGACGCCUGUGAGGGGUCCGCAGCAGCAAGGAGCAGCAAUGCAGCCCGAUCCACAAAACCACUACCUACGCGCGAACCAGACACUCCCUCUUGCCCAGCCGCUGACAUACGAACUCGCUGUCCAGUACCUGCUCAAAUCCGUGUCGAUCGCCCAGCAAACGCCUUUCUACUGGAUCCCGAUCGACAAGCCCUCGGACAACGACCUCUACCUAGUGUACCAUACGAAUAACGUGCAUUGGGCCAACGACGGCGUACGAUUUCUGGAGAAUGAGAGCAGUUUCCGCGCCCAGAUCGCCGGGCAUGAACUGGAGGUUAAAGAGACGAAGUAUGGGUUCAUCCCGGGUGCGGAGACGCAGGCGAACCGCGUACGCCGGAAGUUUAGGUUGCUGAAGGGUGGGAGCCCGCAUCUCUGGUUGAUCCACUACACUCGUGGGCAGGCACAGCCCGUCCCUCCGAUCUUCCAGUCCACACCGUCACGCAAGUACCCGAUCCCCCCCGCCCCGUCCGGGCCUGUUCUGGUAUUCAGUCAACCUCCACGACCGGGCCAGCCGCUCCCUCCGGGUGGUGCAACCCAGGUUCCUGGCCGCUCACCUCAGAAGGACAUGCAGCGGGCGAUGAUGCUCGCCCAACAGCAACAGCAGCAGCAUCAACAACAACAACAACAGCAGCAGCAGCAGCAGCAUGUACAGCAGCAACAGCAACAGCAGCGGGCGCAGCAUCCGCAUGGUGCCCAGCAUGUGAAGGUCGAGGAUGACUCGGAUGACGAGCCUGAGUUCCUGACCAAACGGGAUUUAGCGAAAGCGAGAUAUAUGCGUAAUCAUGAGUUUAUGCAGGACGUUUUUGCCUUCCCUGGAAAACUACCCGACCCCGCCGCCGACCCCUGGUCAACUACCACCCCUCUCUCGCUGGAACAAAAACUCGAAAAGCUCAAAGCUGAGAUCGUUUCUGCCUCUGCGACGAACGCCACGCGAGUGCAGGCGCUUAAGGCGGCAAGGAGAGACCCGGAGAUGGAGGUAGAGGCGGAAAUGGAGAUGGAGCGGGAGGGUGUGAGGGGUGAGGGCGAGGAGGCGGACGUAUUGCCCGAGGUGGUGGUUGAGCCUGUGAAGGAAACGCAGGUGCAGGAAGUGGCGACAGAUAUGGAGGUUGUGCCGGAGGUAGGAGAGGAGAAGGCCGAGAUCGCGGCAGCUGUGAACGAAGAGAAGGUGGUCCAGGAGGAAGAGUUGGAAGAUGUUGAAAUUGAGGAUGCGGAAGGAGAGGAUGAGACGGAGGAUGCUGCAGUGGAGGCACAGGGUCAAGAGAAUGAACAGGAGAAGACAGAAGAAGCAACAGGAAUAUGA